AUGGAGAUUGUCCAGGAGCUUCAUGCCGCUGUGGCAAAUGCCUGUGAAGCUUCUUUUGACGAGGCUUACAGGCGCAUGAAAUCGCGGGUUGACGCUCACACCAAUGCGGCAGAAAUCAAAGAAUCACGGGCCAGUCAAGCUCAGCGACAAGCAGAGGCCAAAAUCCAAGAGCUUCGGCAAAAGGUUCAUGAUCUUCAAAAUGAGCUUCGGCAGUACGAAGUUGAUCCGUACGAUCUAGAGCUUCCCGGAAGAUACGCAAAUCUGGAAACCGAGUUCGACCCCAAGAAUCUAUGGGGAAAUUGCAUGGAAGAUGAUGAUCCUUCCGAUAUUCAGACCUCACGAAACCGGGUCGAGGCCAAAUACACGGCACUUUAUACCAAUCUACAGACAUUCAUUCAGACUUGGAGCGGCCUCAAAUCUAAGGUUUUGCAACACAAGAAGAAAUUACGGCGGUGGGAUAGACAAUUAGAACAUGAAGAAUUCACGAUCGUUCUCAAUGCCGAACCAGUCACUUUUCGCAGAGUCCAAGGUACCACCAUGGACAAGGUUGACAAAGCACCACCCCCAGCGACCCAAAGCCUAGCAACUAAACGUCCACGAGAAAAGAGCUCAGGUCCCCCAUCAAAAGCUCUCAAGUUAUCGUCAACCCACAAACGUGCAAACAGCCCCGAGGAAGCUGCCAAACUGAACCAUAACAAAACGGCAACCUUCAACCGGCCAUCACAACCAGCCUCCACACAAUCUAGCUCCCCUGCACCAGAUGUGGAUCGCUCAGGCCAGCUGUCCAAUGCAGCAUGGGCUUCACCCGGUGUGCAGCGCCAGCCAAAAUGCCAGAGGCUUCUACCAGCGCCGCCCAGCGAGCAUCUAAUGCCCAAUCACCAGUGGGCUGAGACGGGUUCAGUGCGGCCCGUAAUUGUUAAAAAGGAGAUAAUGUCUUCCAGUCCAAUCCAACCCUCCACCUAUAAUCACGAAUUACCACCUGCAGGCACACAAGACCUUGACGAAAUAGGUGACACAAUACGAACACCUAUGAAGCGAAAAGCCUAUAGGGAUGCCAAUGCUAGGAACCCUGGAAACUCAAACAGCAGCAUAAGCCAUGCACCCCACUCCAAACAUGUCCCAGAAGAUCAACAGACAUCACAGCACUCAGUGCUUCAGCCUAUCGAUGGAAACACACGCACCGAGGUAGAUACCGAUGAAAGGCAUUAUUCGAAACGUGGCAAAGAUCUGGAGAGACGCGCAAUACCAUCUUUGGCAGAAGACGGGGAAGAUGUUGCCUCUCACAUAACCCCUAAGCCAUCAAAGAAGAAUGCCUGUGACAAGCCUGCCCAGAGACGCCUAGAAAAUCUGUUGGAACAAUCGGCGCCCACCAGACCACCACUCAGCGCUUUGAAAAAGGCUGCGGGCUUGAUAACAACGGAAGAUAGUGCACCGCAAGCUGAUCUGAUGCCAACAUAUCCAAGUCAAACUACCCCCGACAUAGAUCCUGACGAUGAGCCUUACAGAGCCAGGCCUCUUCGAUGUCUGGGGCUGGAGCAUUUCAAAAUCAACCCUGCAAGAAAUCAAGGACUUGACUUUGCAUACGAUGCCGUGGUUCGCAAAAAAGAUGAUCGUAAAUGUAUAUCAGGCUGCACUCGCCCGGGAUGCUGUGGGGAUCGAUUCCGGGCCAUGGCUCGCCUGGGGGGCCUUUCUGGCAGAUCUGGAGCCAAACAAGAAGAGGAAGAUCAGAUAAUACUACAGGAAUACCUAGGAGAGGAUUCGCGAUUAAUCCAGACACUGAAGGGUCAAGACCGUGAGAAUCUUUUGGUGGAGGCGCAAGCUAGGGCUUUGGCCAACCAGUAUGGACGACAUCGACAUACUCACCAGCGAGCCCAAUCGCCCCCUGGAUUCUGGCGAACAGAAAUGCCAGAUACACAAGAUGAGCAGUCUGACCGUGAAGCUGCUGAAAGACUGGAGCGAGAAAAAGUGGAGGAGCGAUACCGAGAGGCCAUGCGCCCUGGCGGGUUAUGGACAUGGGCUGACGAAUGA